GUCCCAGGGUUUGGAGAUACAAUGCCUCAGACAUAUGAGUGCCCAAUGACACAGAUCACAGAUCCCAGCAUGGCUUCGUCUUGGUCACUUCUGGGUCCCAGUCAGACGGCACAGCUGAGUUUUGGUUCAUCGAUGGAUGCCACCAAGCUGGAAGAGGCCAGGAUGCUGCUCAGCGGGAUGGACUACAGCAGAGCCACUGGGCAGGAUGAAGACGGAGACACAAUCCUGCAUAUCUACACUGCCAAGGGGCUCAGGGAGUGUGCCUUUGCUGCUGCAGAGAGGCUGAGGGAUGUGGGCAGGCUUGAUGCCAAAGAACACAAGGGAAAGACUGCUUUACUGGUGGCGGUGACAGCAAACCAGCCGGAGAUUGUGCAAGAUCUGCUGUCCUUUGGAACGGACAUCAAUGCAUGUGAUGUUAAAGGACAAACUGCUCUUCAUCUUGCUGCCCACUAUGGUUUACCUGGGGUUCUGCAGGCAAUUCUGUCUAGCAGGCCGGCUGUCAACCUGGAGGCACGCAAUUUUGAGGGUAUGACUCCUCUGCACUGUGCAGCCAUUUCUCACAGUGAUACAAUGAAGGCGUUGUCUAGCAGUGGGCUGGCAGAUGUUGGUCUUCAGACCAAGGCGGCGGAGAAGCUUUCCUGUGUGCAGAUGCUUCUCAGCGCAGGGGCGUCCCUGCUCAGCCAGGAAAUCAAAAGUAACAAGACUGUGCUGCACUUGGCAGUAAAGGAGGGGAACAUCGAUCUGGUGAAUUAUCUGCUGAGGAUUCCCCUGGCGAACAUGAAAGACUUUGUCAACUUGAAAGCGCAUGGUCAUACAGCCUUACACAUGGCAGCUGGUCUCCAUGGUAACCCCCACCAGGAGGAGAUCCUGCAGCUGCUGCUGCGCAGAGGAGCUGAUCCCAGCAUCCGCAACCUGGAGAACGACCAGCCAGCACACCUGCUGCAGAGCGGCCUCCAGGGAGAGCAGCUCAAGCUCAUGCUGAAGAAACGAAGUGCUUCCUCUCGCCGACGUAUCGUGUCCUUGCAGGACCAAGAAUGAUUUGAAAAUCCCCAUCUGUAAUCCCCAUUUGGAGGGAAUGAGUCUCUAAGAUGUUGCCUCUGUUAGAAGGGGAUUUACAGUUUAUGGUUAUGUUGCUUUGGGAGUCUCUGGCCUAUAUUUGGUUAACAAACUAGUUUGGUAAAUUAAUCUCCAGAUAUAAUUCACAUUGGAUUAGAUAAAUUAUGCUUUCAUCCAUAAAGCUUAAAUUACCUGUGAUUUAGUGUCAGUGUAAAAAAAAUGCUUUAUUUAUUUUUCUACGCACAGGGUGAAUCAUUUAUUUUUAGGCGAAGCAUUUCAUUCCAAAAUGUGAUAUCCGCCUUUUCUUAUAAAAUCCUCACGUUUAAAAACUCUGACAAAUAGAGACAUUUUAAUUUAUGUAUUUAUUU